AUGAUUCACUCAAAUUCGUCUGUUCAUCCACAACCUUCUCCACCUCGAUCGUUCUUCUGUUGUUGGGAUUGGUGUAGACUCACCUUUCCAACUGUCGACGAGCUUGCUUCUCAUGUUAGACAUAAUCACAUCUCGAAACUUCAGCCGAUGAGUAAAAAGGAAAUCAUGCUCAUGAGGAAGCAGGAUGCAGAGGAGGCUCAAAGCAUAUCUGUGUCAUCGGGGAGCUCGGUACCAGUGCACCAUUCCAACGGUCGAUCACAGUUAACGCGUGCCGAUUCUACUGAUCAAGGCUCGUCAGGCUCUCCGCCUGUCGAAUUAUCACGACCGCCUCCAUCGCAAGUCCUGAGCCCAGGCCCAUUGACGCCUCCUACCACCUAUCUCCCUGCGUCGUCUCCUCUGCCGGAGCAAACGCCCCCACCGCUCGCAGUGCAUGGGGCUGUUCUGCAUCAACCCUCUCCUGUACUGCAAACUGCACCUGCAAGAGGGCAUGGAUUCCCAUCUUUUGCUCAGCUGUCGUCACCAGCUGACACCUCAUCUAUCGCGUCUCUUCCACGAUCACCAGACCUAAGCACGCUUUCUCUCCGCCCUAAUGUCGCGGCUCAAAUCGACGCCUUUGACCGGCGACACAGUAGACUUAGCGAGAUUGCUCAGGCACAUCCUAAUAUUCGAUCUUUGGAUCACUCUCGCUCUCACUCAUCGAGCUCGUCGCAAGAUGCGGUGGAGCAACAGCUCACACGGGAGGAUGUGAUGGACGUUAGUGCUCAGAUCCAAGCACCAGAGGUGGUUCACAACGGUGCGGUAAAACGUGCAGCAUUGUCUACCUCCGAGGACCCAGCUACCAUCAUUACGAGCACGAUUGUGGACGGCGCUGACGCUGAUCUCCAGUGGCCUGAAUCCGAACCAGAGUACACUCCCAGGAGCCAGCCACGACAGCUCUCUCCGCCAAUCGAGAGAGAGGAAGCUGAGCGCAUGGAAUAUCGCGGUUCUCCCGUUGUAACACAGAACGACAGAGGGAGAACCUUCCGUUCUGGCACGCUUCAUAUUUCACCGUUGCCCAAACACACUGUACCAGGACCAGCAUUGGAGCCUUCCCAAUCGUCGCAAGACUCUCAAGAGACUUCCAAUUCGGGUGUUUCGCAGAGUUCUGCACAUUCUUAUCCACUAGUGCUUCAGACGCAGGCACCAUACCAGAGCCAGUCAUACGACCUUUCACAAAAUCAGGCGUAG